AUGGCUGAAGCGGCAUGCAACAUGGAGUUGACAAGUGUCUCUGUGCUACUUUGCUGCAAUGCAAGUGGUAAAGACAAGCAGGAUCCGAAUAUCUUUGAUAGGUUCUGGCAAAGUGCACCCAUUGUCUUUGCAUCGGAUAAUCAUCACGGCACGGUGAUUGAUGCCGAUACUGAGGACUUGACAAAGUUGUCAUUCAUACAAUGGUUGUUGAACUUCGAUUGCACUCUGAAUCGCGGUUUCCUGCUUCUCGUUAACAAAACUGUGUGGUACCUCCCGAAGCAUGGAGACAGUAAUAUCUAUGCCUUCCUGCACCAUGUCAAAGUGCUUCAGGCCCCCAAGAAGCUCGAUCAAGCACUACCUAUCCGUACGGAGAUUGCAGUAUAUUUCAAGGUCAGUUACGACACGCAAUUAUUGGAGCUGUGGAGGAGCAAGGGAAUUCAGUCAAUCGAUCAACAGCAUGGUGUCGACACUAUUGAUGAACGCCCUCAGCUCCUCAAGUUAUCUUUGGUAUGCUUUAAGAAGUACUGGAGCUAG